UUUCUUCCCAAUCUCUUAUACAAGGAAGUAGCUAUAACGUACUCGUAUCCACACGUGUGCCAAACCUUCUCGUAAGAUGAGAAUUUUACUGGUUUUGCUGAACGUAGUUUUUGUUUGCACUUUACCCCAAAAUUCCACGCUAAAACUGGUGCAUGUGUUUUUCCGUCACGGUAGUAGAAUACCAGAUGAACACGAGCUAUACCCCAACCAUGAACGCUACGAAUCAUACAAACAUAUCGGAUUUGGUCAGCUAACAAACGCAGGCAAACUAAGAUCUUAUCAACUUGGUAAAGUUCUUCGUAACAGGUACAAUGACUUUUUGGGAGAAGAUUUCGAAAGUAACGCGGCAUUCAUACAGUCAACAAACAUCGAAAGGACAAAGAUGACCGCUAUGUUACUACUCGCUGGUUUGUUUCCUCCAUCUAAGAGAGAUAAGUGGAAUGAAAAAUUGAAUUGGAUUCCGAUUCCCCUUUCGCUUGACCAAGGCGAUUACGAUCUAUGGAAGCCAAUUUACUAUUGUCCAACUUACCUUCGUGAAAUGACAAGAGUUUUGGAAUCACAAGAGGCGGAGGAACUAAAACAACAAUACAAGCACGUGUUCGAGUUGGCCACACAUAAAACAGGCAAAGCAUACAAUACUAUGCGGGAUAUAUUUCUUUUGCAUCAAUUAAUUCAUGUUGAACAGACAAUGAAUGCAACUCUACCAGAUUGGGCUGUUGAAUCAUUCUCCGAUUUACGCCACAUUGCCAUUAUGCAAUGUUAUUUUGAGAACAAAAACACCUUAAUGAAGAGGCUCGCUGGAGGUCGAAUGUUAUCAAAGGUUAUGGAACAUAUGAAGGACAAAAUUCAGAACACACUAAACCCUCCAGGAAGAAAAAUAUUCUUAUAUUCUGGUCACGAUUACAACAUUGUUAACACACUCGCUUCACUGAAUUUGUACAAUAAACUUCAUUUUCCUAAUUUUAACGCGGCCGUCUGUAUCGAGCUACAUCAGGAGCCAUCGACACUUGCCUACUUUGUGAAGGUAUUUUAUUUGAAAGAUGUGUUUGACGAACCGGAAGCCCAAUUUAUUCCGGAAUGUGGAUAUAUGUGCGAGUUUAGCAAGUUCCAAGAAAUACUUAUGCCGUAUUUACCCAUUAACUAUACAAAAGAGUGCGAAUCUGUGAUAAAUUUAGAUUAAAAGUGUAGUUAAAUAACUAAACGUAGGUAUGUAGGAAAUAGUUGAUCCAUAUACAUAUUUCCUAAGAUAAUCAUUACAUGUUACAUCUAUUUUGGGCAGUUUGACAGUUCAAGUAAGUAUUGUUUAUGGUUAUCUUCAAGGCUUGUCCGCAAUGCAAUUGAUUUUACCAGGUUGAUAGAAAUUACCAUGAGAACAAUUGUUGUAAUCAUUACUAUACCUACCGAAAUCUACCAACCCAGUUAAACAGCUUGAACUAUGGUAAAGUUACAGACAAUUUAGUUUGGGAACACCUAAAUUUAUAGGAGCAGGAUUUUUUCCAACAUUGUACUUACCGUUUUAUAUAAUAUUGGUUUUAGUUUUGUUCUAUUAAGAAGUAGCCGCAUUAAAUUUGGCUAGCAAAACUGC